AAAAUGGAAGCUUAAUGACAUUUUUAAUUAAUUUUAGUCAAAUGCUGUGCUUACGCUUAUAAGCACUAGUGCAAACUUGUGUCUGUAUUUCCACCAGGAAGACAGUAAAACCACUAACAAAUUAACACAAAUUCAGACUUUUCUAAAAAUGACUGCUGCCAUCAUGAUAUUUUCAAGAUCCGGGGACAUUUUGGAAAAUUAAUAAGAAAAUAUUUAUCAAAAUUUAGAUGAAAAUAUGUCAAAUCCUUAAGUCUCACAAUGCACCCCUCAGAUCAACUAUCAUUUGCAAUGACCUUCACCUAGUCCAAACAGAAUUGUCCCUUUUCUUAAAGGAGCGACAUCCAUUGUUUAACACCUCAGAUAAUUUGAGGACACAACUUCUUAAAAUAUAAUACAAUAUAUUUAAAAAAAACCAAAAAAAAAACAUUUUCAUUAAAUUGUGCAUGCUAAAUACAUUCUAUAUUCACAACAUAGCCUAACUUGUUAGGAUAGAUUUGAUGUAGCUAUGUUGGGAACAUGCACAUUAUGUGUUACACGCGAAAUCUCUCAAACUCAAUUAAAUAUGUAUUUUAAAACUAUAAUAUAGAACUGUCCAUGACUAAUAAAGGGUAUUUGUUCAAAAUUUAUAGACCUGCUUGGAUAAACAAGCAACAAACAAACAUGGUGACCGGUCAACAAACUCAACACCAACUGUUCCCAAAACAGCUAACAAUUUAAGUCGUAUUUUCCAACAAGAAUGAUACAUUUUUAUGACUUUUCAAGGCCUGGAAAACCCCUUUUGAAAAUUCCUUGAUAUUUCUACUAACCUUGGGAAUCCUGUUAAUUGGAGUUAAUUACCCACCUGAUGCCAAUCUGUGUCCUUGUGCUUCUACUUAAACUGCUGCAAAGUGUUUGCCAACCGGCUAAGCGAAAAAAUGGCUACUUAUGGUAACGAGACAGUCGACAACUAUCUUUACUCUUCUUACAAUCCUUAUUCCUAUAAAUACCCCAGGUUCAAGGGCUGGAGACAGAAAGCUUACUUCGCCAAUUACAGUGAGGGCGAUACUUACUUUGAUAAUUACCAGAGGACGCAGCUCAAGUCCAUCUUGUCUCAGAUCAACCCGAACCUCACCCCGCGUUUGAGGAAAGCCAACACCAAAGACAUCGCGGUCCAGGUCAACCCGAAGACCGACGCGUCCAUCCAGUGCGCUCUGGGCCCGCGGACCCUCCUGGCCCAGAAGCGUGAUACCAUUCGCCGGCGGCGGCAGGAGGUCCAGACCCCCGGGAGCCCCAUCAGCGGCGGCGUCCGUUUCCCGCGCACUCAAGCCGUGUACUCUCCGGUCGAGUCCAGGAGACUAGUGUCCCUCUUCAGGGAGGAGGAGGAGGAAGAGAAGGACACCGAGCCUGAGGCCCCUGAGACGGUGGACCGCGCAGAGGUUGUGGAAAGUGCUGAGAGAGACGAGCGCAAAGGGAGCGAGGAGAGCGUGAAGGAACCGCUUAGUCCAGAGAAAAAUGAAAUCAAACAAACAGAAACGAAUGAGAAGAGAAAUGAGCCAGUGAAAACCGUACAAAACGAACCGAAAUCCAAGGCUCGCGUGAGAUUCCAGUUUUUGGAGCAGAAAUACGGCUACUAUCAUUGUAAAGACUGCAACCUGCGCUGGGAAAGUGCUUAUGUGUGGUGUGUCCAAGGCACAAACAAGGUGUAUUUCAAGCAGUUUUGCAGAACGUGUCAGAAAUCGUUCAAUCCAUACCGGGUUGAAGACAUAACCUGUCAGACUUGUAAGAAGACUCGCUGUACAUGUCCUGUAACAUCGCGUCAUGUGGACCCCAAAAGACCUCACCGGCAGGAUCUGUGUGGGCGCUGCAAAGGCAAGCGGCUGUCCUGUGACAGCACGUUCAGCUUCAAAUACAUCAUCUAGCACCUCUGUGUGUGGCCCUCAGGCUUUGUUGUUGCCCAGCUGGAUUGUCCACUUCAGUCUCUGCUCCCUCGCUGCUCAAAGACUGCAGUGGGGAGGCAGGUCCAUCAAUCACUACAGUCUCAUUUGUUUUUGUUUUGCUUUAAUUUGUACAGUACUUGUAGUAACUGCAAGUGCCAAUUCUGAAAAAUGAAAAUAAAAAUGGCAAUUACUAGCA